AGGUCCCUGCACUGCACUUCGGCCUCCAGCCACAGAUGGCGCUGUACGCCUACGGGUGUGUGUCAGGCCUACUGGUGGACGCGGGGGCCAGCGGAACACGUGUGUGUCCCGUCUACGAGGGGUACUGCCUUCCCCACGCCGCUCGAUCCUCACCUGUUGGGGGGGAUGCUGUGAUUGGCUACCUGAAACACCUGGAGGAGGGGGCAGGUGCUGGGACUAAGACGGAGGAGACUAAUGGAGAGGAAGAGGAUGAGCUGAAGAGGCGUGGUUGUUACGUUGCCCAGGACUACGAGAUGGAGCUUCAUCAUCAUCAUCAUCAUCAUCAUCACCAGGGGUCAGAGGUCACAGAGUACCGGCUGCCCGACGGCUCAACGGUCGCUGUGGGAGACCAGCGUUUCCGUAGUGGCGAGCUGCUGUUCCGUCCCGCGCUGCACGGCUACUCUGACCCCGGCGCCCACAUCCUGGCACUCAGCAGCCUGCAGGCCUGCAACGGCAACGACCUCCACAAUCACCUUGACAAUCACAUCCUCAAUGACCUUGGCAAUGAUCUCCUGAGUGACCUCCAGAGUGCUCCCGAGUGCUCAUUGCAGCGCCUCCUACUGGGCAAUGUGUGCGUGUGCGGGGGCAUGUCUCUACUUCCUGGAUUCCCGGAGCGUCUACAGGGGGAGCUAGUGCGCCUGGUGCCUCAGGGGAGCGCAGUACAGCUGCUGAGCGCCAGGGGGCGCCACUGCUCUGCAUGGCUAGGGGGCGCUGUAGCAAGUUGUCUCAGCAGCUUCAAACCACUCUGGAUCACCAGCGCACAGUACAGGGAGGAGGGGAGCAGUGCUGUGUUGACACGGUGCUACUAGGCACACACACACACACACACACACACACACACACACUUAGUAUCACACACAGAAACGCACGCACACACAGACAAAGGUAAUCAAAUGACGUUAUAGAGAUGCUUUAACUAAAAGAUAUAUUAUUUUAAGAUGUCAUAUUAAAGGUGGUUUGAA